AUGUGGAGUCUUCGCCUUUGUCAUGCAGCCGCCAUCUUCCUCACUGCCCAGUCGGCAACAGCAAUCAGGCCAAACGGCCUUCCAACAAGCAACUUCGACACCGCCAGAGUCCCGCACACAGGUGCUGCCUUAAAGAGCUCCAAUAUACAGGAGUGCAACUUCUCUGUGCCUGUGGACCACUUUCAUAACGACACGCAGUAUGAGCCGCACUCAGACGACUUGUUUCCUCUUCGCUACUUUCUGGAAACCUCUCAUUAUGAGCCUGGUGGUCCUGUCAUAGUCAUUGCGGCGGGAGAGGCAGCUGCUGAGUACCGGAAACCCACUCUGAACAAUGGCAUCGGGCCCUUCCUUGCUAGGGCUACUGGUGGCAUUGUGCUUGUUUUGGAGCAUCGCUACUAUGGCACUAGUUUCCCGGUUCCUGACUUGUCCCGCGAGAACUAUCGCUUUCUCACAACGGAACAGGCUACGGCCGAUGCUGCCUAUUUUGCACAGAAUGUGCAAUUCCCUGGAAUGGAGCACCUCAAUCUUACAUCUGCUGACACGCCGUGGAUUAUUUACGGUGGCUCCUACGCAGGAGCAUAUGCGGCCAUCACUCGCAAGUUGUAUCCAGAGGCCUACUGGGGCGCCAUAUCCUCCUCGGGCGUCACCAGGGCAGUCUAUGACUACUGGGAGUACACUGAGGCAACCAGGCUUUUUGCCCCGGGCAACUGUGGUGCCAUCAUGUCCAACUUGACGUAUGUAGUCGAUACGGCACUGUUCAGUGAGGAUAGCUCAAGAGCCAGCACCGUCAAAAAUCUCUUUGGCUACAACUCGUCUACCAGCGAUUCCUCGUUUGGCUCGAACAUUGCUCAUCCGUUCUCUGCACUGCAAGGCGAAAGUUGGGUACAUGGGGAGAGCGACAACUCUCUGAGCACCUACUGUGCCACAAUCACCUCACAGGAGCUUGCAUACCCAGGCCUAGAAAAUAGUCGCUCCACGGCGGAGCAGCUCGUGCAAGACGCAGGGUUUAAUACAGACACCACGACCACACUUCUGAACUACGUUGGUCUCCAGCAACGUAACUCUGAUGAACAGUCUAAAAAAAUAGAGCUACGCCAGCGAAAUGCGCAGCUCGACGACGGCUAUAGUUGGUUCUAUCAGACAUGCACCCAAUGGGGAUUCUUUGUUUCCGGUGCCGGUGUACCUAAAGACAUCCGAGGUAUCCUCUCUCGAGCGGUAACAGUAGACGACCGCUCCGCCGGAUGCCAACAGGCCUUUGGUAUCUCUGACCCGCCAAACGUGGAGUCUAUCAAUCGUUUGGGCGGCGUCAACUUUUCUUCUCCACGCCUGGCUAUUCUCGAUGGCAAACAGGAUCCCUGGCGUGGGGCAACACCGCACCGUCUUGGCGAAAAUGCCGGUCGCAAGUCGACAACUGAACAACCGUUCAUUCUCAUUGACCCUGCAACUCACCACUGGGACGAAUCGGAUAUCCCGGCCAGCGAGUAUAAGUCUGGCUACCCUCCGAAGCAGAUUGUGGACGUGCACAACGAGGAGGUCGCGUUUGUGAGGGCGUGGGUAGAGGAAUUCCACAAGUCUAGAAUGUAG